AUGUCAAUGAACAGCAGGAAAAGUUCUGGGAGACCGUCUUACUACUAUCGACUGCUCCGGAGGUCACGACUUCAGAGACAGCGAAGCAGAUCCCGGAGCCGGAACAGGCCGCUUAGUAGGGAGUCCCCCCCGGAGAGGUGUGGGCAGAGGCGCAGCAUGCCCAGCGGGGUCACGGAGAAGAACCCCACCAUGGAGCCUGCUGCCACGACGCCCUUCCGGGUCACGGGGUUCCUCAGCCGUCGGCUUAAAGGCUCCAUCAAAAGGACAAAGAGCCAACCGAAGCUUGAUAGGAACAGCAGCUUCCGGCACAUUUUACCUGGCUUCAGGAGUGUGGACAAUGAAAGAUCCCAUCUAAUGCCGAGGCUGAAGGAAUCGCGCUCCCACGAGUCUUUGCUCAGCCCCAGUAGCGCUGUUGAGGCUCUGGAUCUCAGCAUGGAGGAAGAAGUGGUCAUCAAGCCAGUCCACAGCAGCAUCCUGGGACAAGACUAUUGCUUUGAGGUGACAACUUCAUCAGGAAGUAAAUGCUUCUCGUGUCGUUCCGCAGCAGAGCGAGAUAAAUGGAUGGAAAACCUGCGGCGUGCCGUGCACCCGAAUAAGGACAACAGCAGGAGGGUAGAGAAUAUGUUAAAGUUAUGGAUUAUUGAAGCCAAGGACCUGCCAGCUAAGAAAAAGUACUUGUGUGAAUUAUGCCUGGACGACGUUCUUUAUGCACGAACUACCUGUAAAUUGAAAACUGAUAACGUAUUUUGGGGGGAGCACUUUGAAUUUAAUAACCUCCCAUCGCUCAAAAACAUCACGGUGCACUUAUACAAAGAGACCGACAAGAAGAAAAAGAAGGACAAGACCAAUUUCAUUGGACAAGUGAACAUCCCCGUCAGCUCUGUCACGGGCCGGCAGUUUGUGGAGAAGUGGUACCCCGUGGUCAGCCCCAACCCCGGGAAGGGCAAGGCCCCGGGGCCCAUGAUCCGCAUCAAGUCACGCUACCAGAGCAUGAGCAUCCUCCCCAUGGAGAUGUACAAGGAGUUUGCCGAGUACAUCACUAACAAUUACAUGGUGCUGUGCUCGGUGCUGGAGCCCUCGCUGAGCGUGAAGAACAAAGAGGAGAUGGCGUCUGCGCUGGUGCACAUCCUGCAGAGCACAGGCAAGGCCAAGGAUUUCUUGACUGACCUGAUGAUGUCUGAAGUUGAUCGCUGUGGUGAGAAUGAGCAUCUCAUUUUCAGGGAGAACACACUGGCCACCAAAGCAAUCGAAGAAUACCUGAAGCUGGUGGGGCAGAAAUACUUGCAAGAUGCCUUAGGGGAAUUUAUCAAGGCACUGUACGAAUCAGAUGAAAAUUGUGAGGUGGAUCCCAGUAAGUGUUCAUCUUCGGACCUUCCUGAACAUCAGAGCAACCUGAAGAUGUGCUGCGAGCUGGCCUUCUGCAAGAUCAUCAACUCCUACUGUGUCUUCCCAAGGGAGCUCAAAGAAGUUUUUGCCUCAUGGAGACAAGAAUGCAGCAACCGAGGCCGCCCGGACAUCAGCGAGCGCCUGAUCAGUGCCUCCCUCUUCCUGCGGUUCCUCUGCCCUGCCAUCAUGUCCCCCAGCCUCUUCGGCCUCGUCCAAGAGUACCCGAGUGAGGCCACCGCCCGUACCCUCACCCUUGUGGCCAAGGUCAUCCAGAACCUGGCCAACUUCACCACGUUUGGCGAGAAGGAGGCCUACAUGGGCUUCAUGAAUGAGUUCUUGGAGCACAACUGGAGCACCAUGACGACCUUCCUGCAGAGUGUGGCCAACCCCGAGAGCAGCGUCCACAUGGCCACCUACGACGGCUACGUGGACCUGGCCCUGGAACUUGCCACUCUCCACCUCCUGCUUUGUGACAUCUUCUCCAGCCUGGACCAGGCCACGCAGGAGGAGCUGGAGCCCCUUCCCACCAUCCUCACCGCCAUCAGGGAGGGGACCCCUGUCCCCGUCUCCGUCCGGCUCAGCUCCACCACAGAGCGAAGGUACCGGUGGGUGAACAGGGACACACAUGGGAUCAAGGUGGACACGUGGGGCCAGGAGGAGCUUUGGUAG